AUGGAAUUGUUAUGCUUGAAAUGUGGAAGACUUAUUCAUGCUGAUACAGUGAGAGAGUAUGCUCGUCAUUUACGUAUGUCCCAUGCCGUCUUUGGGAAUGGAGAGACACUUGUUUGUGGUCAAAAUGGUUGUAUGCGAACAUUCACCCUCAUGAACUCACUGUUACGCCACAUACGUCGACACCAUGCCCACAUGCCAGUUGCACAUAAUGACCCUUUACAUGGUGACUUUGUUCAUGAAGAGGAUGAUGAUGAAGGAGAGGAUGACCAAGCAAACUAUGAUGAGGAUGUAGAAGAUGCUGAACAUGUUUAUGAACCGGAAGAUUUCAAUCUAGGUUCAUUGAAGAAGCUGGCUAUGAAUUUGGUCAUAAAAUUAAGGUCUUCAACAUCAACCACAUACUCUACCAUUCAAAGUGUCAUCACUUGUACGAAAAACAUGUUUCAAGAAACACUUUCAUCUCUACGGCAAAGAAUGAUAACUGUAAUGCAACAUCAUGGAAUCGACACCAACUCACCUGAUGUACAGGAGCUUAAUCAUCAAUUUCAAGAGCUUGAAAAUCCUUAUAUGGGUAUUGAAACACCAGGUCAGCAGAUGAAAUACAUGAUUGAAAACUUAAUGUUGGUUCCUCCAGUUGAGCGGGCAUUGGGAACAAGAAUUGAUCACAAGUUGGACAGAAAAACUGGCCAAACAAACCAAGUAGUUGUCACAGAGACAUUCCAGUACCUCCCUAUGCUAGAAGUUCUCAAACUUGUACUGAAACCAGAUGUAAGAGCCCUCAUUGACUCAGAAAUUAAAUCACCAGAAGGCAUCUUAAGGGGAUAUAUGGAUGGCACACAAUAUCAUCAGCAUGAAGUGUUGCAUAAUCACCCACAUGCUCUUAGAAUUGUACUCUACUAUGACGAUGUGGAAGUCGUUAACCCUCUAGGGAGCAAAAAGGGCCUCCACAAAUUGGGCCUGUUUUAUUACAGCAUUCAAAAUUUCCCACCAUGUUACAAUUCCACUAUGAACAGUAUAUUUCUUCUAGCAGUAUGUUAUAGCUCAGACGUGAAGAAAUAUGGCUUCAAUGCUAUUUUGCGACCAUUUCUUGAUGAAAUGAAAAGACUUGAAAGUGAAAAUGGCGUAGAGAUCCUCAUUAAUGAUAACAUGAUAGAGGUUCAUGGUACUUUGGUCUCAUUUGUUGGGGACUCACUUGCAGCACAUGAUAUUUUGGGUUUUCUAAGCCCAUCAGCAAGAAAGCUGUGCAGGUUGUGCAAAGCGACUCGAGAAGAAGCCCAAACUAAGUUUUCAGAAGAGGACUUUCAACUGCGUGAAAUGGAUGAACAUGAUGAAAUAGCUCAGCGUGCUGCCAACAGGGGACGUGGUGAUCCAGAUAGUGGCAUAAGAAAUGAAUGCCCAUUGAAUAGCAUCGCUGCCAAGCACCAGGUGAUUCAGUGUGCUGUUUGGAUGGGAAAAGGUCUAAGAGAAGAUUUUGAAGGCAUUAAUGGAAGUGUUGUUACAGUUUCAUCAUUGGAAGGAAGUCAGUGUAUCAUUGAAAGCCUUCACCUUCAUGAGGACACUGAAAUCUUUUCAGCCAGUAAAGUUACAGUGUAUGGAAUCGAGUACAUUCCUAACCUCUACUUGGCAACAGCCAUUGAUGAUGAUGAACCACAGUUUAGUCGAAUAGUGGUUAUUUUGGUCCCAGGGACAACAGCAGGAGACAUCAAAUUUGUUGUUAGAAAGUGUUGGAAUAGAGGGUUUUUCCGCCAUUUCCAUGCCUUCUGUGUCCAAGAAAUGGAGAUGUUUGAGUACAGUUUGGUGACGCUUGAUGACCUUAUUGAUCAUGUGCCUUUGACUGCAUUAUCAUCCUACGAGAACAACAGUUCAAGAGUGUACCUGUGCCCUCGACAUAGUCUAAUACAACAUAGGUACAUAUGA